UGCUCCUUUUUUUAUUAUUUUUAACUUAUCAGGAUACGGAAAUAAAUAUCUAUUUUUCGUACAGAAGGAAAAUUAAAGAAACCAGUGGCAUAUAUUCUCCUAAACUUCUUGUGGAUCAGAAGACACUUUUCUAUUCAUUCAGUGCUCCUCCUGUUGUCUGCUCAGCAGUCUUUUCUGCCUCUGGCUCAAAAUAAAAUAAAGAAACUCAACAAGGCACCAAAAUCCCAAAAAUGUUUGAUGACUGAACAAAAAGUAGGGAAAGAAUAAAAUUGAAGUAGCCAGAGCUUCAUCCAGUUCCAGUGGUAUCAAAAUGGCUAUACCGGAAGCAAGAGCAAUUGGCUUUUCAAGCUUUCCGUCGUCUUCUUCAUAUCUUGGUUGGAACUCCAGAGCCACCUCCUCUUCAUUCUCAUGCACACUAUCAAUGCAAAUAGUCAGUAAGUCAAUUAUUUCCCGUGGAUGUGUCACCUGUUCUGCUGUGCAAGAAUCGUCUAGUCCUACAGCCACUGCUAAAACAAAGGAAGCCACUCCUGCUGAAGCAAAACCAUCAGCCAUUGCUGAAACAAAGGCUGCAGCUGCUGCUGAGAAGGAGGAAGUCAAGGCAGCCCCAAAAGCAGCAGCAGCAAGGCCCAAACCUGCAGCAAAGACUCCUGCCAAACCACUGCCAGAAUUGAUGGUGGAGGAUGUUAUCCCUUCAUUGAAAACAAUACUUGAAGGUCAAGAUGAUCUCUCCGAAAUUGAGCUCUCUUUCCAAGACAACAAGUUAGAAGGUUCAUUCCUGAAGAAGGGCUGUCCUUACUCAUUCUGGGCCUUCUUCCCUAGCGGAGACCUUUCAGGUCCAAAAGGUUUUUCAUUGUCUUCAUAUGGCUCAGGAGCAAGCACUGUCGAGCCCUUCCUCGUUGAUGAGAAGAAAAUUACAGCGAAGCAUGUAGUCUUCUGGGUUGAAAAGCGUUUGGCAGCCCAAGGAAUCAUUCCUGUCUGGAAAGAAUGAUUUAUAGCAUAAAAUCCAUGCCAUGUAAUUAUUCAUGUCGGAAAAUAAUGCUCGCAUAUAAAAUUUUCCAAUUCAUUUAACACGUUAUUCCACAAUCCACACUGUCUCUCCCUUAUCCUUCUCAAAA